AUGAAGUCCACCGUCCUCGCCGCCGCCGCUCUCGGCCUCUACGCUGGUGCUGCUGCCGCUCCCGUCACACCCGGCAGCACCACCGAUAGCUCGGCCCUCGCAGCCGUCAGAUAUCCUCAUGGCUCUGCCGCCGUUGGUCACCUUGUCGUGCGCGACGAGUCUGCCGGUGUCGCCGACGUCGCCACCAACGACGACGAAGAGCCGGCCCCUACCCCAGAAAUUUCUCCCGUUCCUACGCGAGAGGCCACUCCCGUUCCUACACCAGAAGUUACUCCCGGUCCUACGCCAGAGGUUUCUCCUGUCCCCACGCCGGAAGUUACUCCCCUUCCUACGCCAGAAGUUUCGCCGGUCAUUUCGGUGGCUGGAGGCGAUGAUGACGGAGAUGUCCCAGACAUGCCGCUCGACAGUACCCCUACCAUUACUGCCACUGCGGCUAGCGAUGCUACUCCUACCCCCACUGCUACGGACGUUGAAGUUGAAGCCGACCCGACGUCCACGCCUCCCAUGGUCACAGCGCCCUCAACCCCAGAAAUUUCUCCCGUUCCUACUCCGGAAAUUUCUCCCGUCCCUACGCGGGAAGCUACUCCUGUCCCUACCCGGGAAGCUACUCCCGUCCCUACACCAGAAGUUUCUCCUGUUCCUACGCCGGAAGCUUCUCCCGUUCCUACGCCCGAGCCGUCUCCCCAGCCCACUGCUGUAGUGUCUGGAAGCAAUGACGAUGUUCCGGAUAUGCCGCUCACCACAACUGCCGCUACCAGCGAUGCUACUCCUACCGGCUUCAGCACGGUUGUCAGCGCCACCAUCACCACCGAUGCCAGUACCUCUGCGGCCUCCAGCACUGCUGCUAGCACCAGCGCGACUGCCAGCUCCAGCACUGCUAUUAGCUCCAGCACGGCUUCCAGCACGACCACCAGCGCUAACAGUCCCACCUCCACCCUCGUCACCUCCACUAUUUCCAGCCCAGCUACCACUACUCCCGCCAAGACUACCACCACGACGCCCUGCCCCACCAGCACGGCGAAGUCCGGCUCCAGCUCCAUCUCCAUUUCAGUCGGCCUUCACAUCCCGACGCCCGCGGAGAUCGAGGCCGCCCUUAAGGCCGAGGAGAAGCGCACCAAGAAUGCGCUGAUCGAGAUUGCCAACAUUCUUAAGGCGGCACAGGCAGCGCAGGUUGCGAAGGCGCAGGCGGCUGCUGCGGCGGCGAAGGGACGGGGUCAUCGCAGGGCAUAG